CAGGAAUGGCAGGUGAACUGUGUAUGUGACGUUCAUCAUAGUCUGCUUCUUCCUCUGCAGCUGCAAUGCUGAGACUGCUGCCAAAUCUCCCUCAGAGGGACAGUGUGAUCUGAGGGAACCUGUUCUCCCACCUCCGGAGGACAGCCAGCAGCCCACAGCCAUGUCCAUGGCAACAGAGACCUGGGAGGACAAGCCAAGUAAUGAGACACCCAGCGACACUCCACCUGCAGAUAAUAUUCCCAGCCCCAGCUGCCGCCGCUCCAGCUCUGACCUUGCCCACGAGAGUGCAGAUGGUGCCAAGGCCCAGCGGGAGUGCCGGCUGCGGCCGCACUUCAGCGACCCGAUGCCCACGGACUCGGUGAAGAGGAAGCAGCUGGAGCUGAAGAUCGCAGCGGCAGCGCGGCAGCACGCGCAGAAGCGCCGGCAGGACCGAGACUACGGUCCAGUGGUAGCAAAAGCCAACCUUGGCCAUGGUGGCAGUUUCGACGAGACCCGCCGCGCCCCACGUGGCUCCCUGCGCUCCAGACGUCACUGGAGCAAUGUCAGCAGCCUGAGCACGGACAGUGGGAUUGUUGGCGUGAAUGAUGUCCGGGAUGACCUGGAUCCCAGCAAGGCCACCCGCACCAAGUCAGUGGAGGUGGAGAGGGCAGAUAGUGGCAUUGGCCAGAUGCCAGUCAGAAAGUGGAGGAACAGGGCAUCUGAAACCUUGAGCUCCCUGCAGGCCUGGGAAGCCCACCGUCCCUGCACUGACUGUGGAGAAAGGGACCUCCCAGUGGAGACAGACGUGCAGAACUGCAAUCAGAGGCGGGCUGACCUCUGUGAGAAGUGCUGCAAGCGCAGGACGGAGCGCAAGGAGUCUGUGCUGGAGUUUGUUAACACAGAGGCCAGUUAUGGAGAGGACCUGCGCAUCAUCAAAGAAGAGUUCUACCUCCCAAUGCAGGCGGCUGGGCUGCUGAGCCAGGAGCAGCUCCUGGGCAUCUUCAGCAACAUCCAGGAGCUCAUCGACCUCAAUGAGAACUUCCUGGAGAUACUCCAGGAAGAGAUUGAUCAGGCCUUUGACCAGGGUGAUGAUGACCUGAUGACUGUGUGCAUCGGUGAAAUAUUUCUGGAGUUUGUCAACAUGCUGCCAGCCUUUCAGACCUACUGUCUCCAGCAGUCCUCCUCCGUGAACAUGCUCAAUGCGCUGGAGAAGGAGAAGGAGUUGCUCAGAAUAUUCCUCAAUGUCUCCCAGAAUGACAACACAGCACUGCGGCGGAUGAACUUGAGGUCCUUCCUGAUGGCACCUUUGCAAAGAGUCACCAAGUACCCACUGCUGCUCAGCAGAAUCAUCAAGGCCACCACAGAUUACCACCCAGAUCAUGGCAACCUGCGGGAGGCCAAGAGCCGCAUCGAGUCUCACCUGGAGCACAUCAACAUGAAAACCAAGCAGGAGGGAAACACAUGGACCCUCCGCUCCUUUCGUCAGGACAGCAAGAAGAAGAGAGAAGUCAUCAACAUUGAGAUGAGAGAAACUGCCCUCAAAACUGUAGGCUGGCUGCGGGAGGAAACACGGUUUGUGAUGGAGGGGUCUUUGCAGCUGGCUCAGCCUCCUGACGGCCAAUGGGUGAAGAAAGGCAGCAAGACCUUGAAGUUCCAGAACAUGCAGGUCCUCCUCCUAGUGAACAUGAAGCGUGUGUCAGAGUCCAGCCUGGAAUCAGCUGAGCCAGGGCCUGUGAAGGAUGCCGUGCUGGUACUCAUCAGGGACAAAAAUAAUGGGAAGUUCCAUUUGCUCAGGGAGCCCUUGAGGCUGAGUAAUUGCAUUGUCUCAACUGAUCCCGACUGCGAUGACACUUUUGAACUCAUUGAGAUCAGGCGGGAGGCGUUUGUGUUCCGGGACAGCGACCGGGCGCGGACUCACCACUGGUUCAGGCAGAUCAGGCGCUACUCGCGGGAGCUGGGCUCCUGGAAGAAGCGGCGGAACGCGCUGCCCAACAUCAUGAUCAGCACCCCUCACACCAGGCCCUGA